CUACAAACCCACUUUUCCUCCAUACACUCUUUUUCCCUGGAAAAUUUUUCCUUUCAAUUUUCUUCUUUUUUUCCCACUCCUUUCCCACUUGCAAAUCACAUUAAAAUAACAAAACCCUUUUCUUAACUCUUGGUUUCUUUCCCUUUUCCUUAUCAAAGAUCCCUUUUUUUAACUGCUCACUGCAUUUGGGUUGUGAGUUGUUUUGGCGUACAAUGUUGAAGAAGUUUUCUUGUUCCUGUUGGUUCCUUCUUUCUCAACUUUUGCUAGCAGCUCUAGUUUGCUCCAAGGACCAUGGGAACCCUGCAAAUGACAUUGUCAACCUAAUCAACGAUAACCGAACAUCUCAUAAGCUUUCCAUACUAAAUGAUAGUCCUGGACUCGGUUGUAUGGCAUUGCAAUACGUUGAAUUAUGCAAGACCAACUGCACAGCAAACAACACCAUAGACUGCAAACCAUCAGAGGAUGACUUUACUGAAAUCUUUGCUCCAAACUGCGGUGUUGAACUACCAACUUUUGGCACCAUCACUGGCCGCAUAGUUGGUUGCCAAUCAAAGUAUCUCGAGCCACCACUAGCCUUUUCGCACAUUCUAGCUAAAGACAAGAAGGAGUUAUCUGUUCUUCAAAACAAAUCUCAUUCGGAGGUGGGAGUAGGCAUGGUUGGAGUCCAUAAAGGGCCUUUCUUCUGGUGUGUUCUGUUCAGCAGCGGGCGAACAAACACCACAUUUGUUCUUGAAAAUCGUGGUUUGGGAAUUAAGCAGAAGAAAGGGUGUUACAGUGGAAGCAGCCUCCCGUGCAGUUCAAGCCACAACUUGGCUCCUUAUCCAAGUAAUGUUAUGAUCGUGAGCUUGUUUGUUUAUCUACUACAACAGUUAUACUCCAAUGUAUUCUUAGCAAAGUAAAAAACCAAACUCACAAGACAAUGCCCAAAAAUUUUGUCACAUGUUCCCUUAUAAAUUUUCUAUUUGUUGAGUAACAAAAUUUGAGUUUAUUUGUAAUGACAUUUAAAAUCUUGUAAGUUUGGAAAAUGGUCAACAAGACGACAAUUAUAUCAACCUUAGAGUUUAACCAA